CGAUGCUCCCAGGGCCUCCUCCCCCGGGGCGGCCUCCGGGCUGCCCUAAGCUAUAAAGGCCAUACAGCCUGGUCAAUGAAGCCGGGACUACUCGGAGCACCACACUGCGGGCCACAAGCAGCUGCUGCGCGGCCACCUCAGGACCCAGUCCCCGUGCCAGGCCCCAGCAUGAAGCUCAUCGUGGGUAUUGGAGGCGUGACCAACGGUGGGAAGACCACCCUGACCAACAGCCUCCACAAGGCGCUGCCCAACUGCUGCGUGAUCCACCAGGAUGACUUCUUCAAGCCCCAGGACCAAAUAGCAGUCGGGGAGGACGGCUUCAAACAGUGGGACGUGCUGGAGUCCCUGGACAUGGAGGCCAUGCUCGGCACGGUGCGCGCCUGGACGGAGGAUCCGCGUAAGUUCGCGCGCGCCCACGGCGUCCGCCUGCGCCCCGGGGCCGCGGACAGCCACGUGCUCCUCCUGGAGGGCUUCCUGCUCUACAGCUACAAGCCCCUGCUGGACUUUUACAGUCAACGCUAUUUCUUGACGGUCCCGUAUGAGGAGUGCAAGCGGAGGAGAAGCAGCCGCAGGUACACGGUCCCUGACCCCCCCGGCCUCUUCGACGGUCACGUGUGGCCCAUGUACCAGAAGUACAAGCGGGAGAUGGAGCGGGACGGAGUGGACGUGGUCUAUCUAGAUGGCACGAAGUCCCGUGAGGAGCUCUUCCAUCAAGUCCUCGAGGGUGUUCAGAACAGGCUGCUCAACGCGCCCUAGCGGAGUCCGGGCAGGACAGCCGCGCGUGACCUUCCGGCGGGGCCCGCCGGGGUCUGUGCGUGGGAGGAGGCGUGGGCGGGGCCCGCCGGAGACUGUAGCAUUAAA